AUUUACGAAGGAGAGAGACCUAUGGUCGCAGACAACCAUCUUCUGGGCGUGUUCGAGCUGACGGGCCUGCUUCCCGCCCCCCGCGGAGUGCCCCAGAUUGAGGUCACCUUUGACAUUGAUGUGAACGGCAUUCUCAAGGUCACAGCAGAAGACAAAGGAACCGGAAGUAGAAGUCAAAUCCUCAUUACAAACGAUCAGAACAGGUUAUCAGCGGAAGAUGUGGAAAGGAUGGUCCAAGAGGCGGAGAAAUAUUCAGAGGAGGAUAAAAAGGUCAGAGAUACAUUCACGUCCAGACAAGACCUGGAGAAAAAUGUUUACAAAAUGAAAAACCAGUUGGAGGACGAGAAGGGAGUAGGUGGCAAGUUAACGGAAAAGGAGAAGGAGCCGAUUCGCGAGACGGUGGCGGCAACAAUUGAGUGGUUGGACAAGAACCCGGAUGCAGAUCUGGAUGCACUGAAGGCACAGAAAGAGGCCUUCGAUAAGGCCAUGGAACCAGUUUUGAGUAUACUGUAUAAGAGAAACAAGGAGAACAUGCAAAAACAAGCGGAGGAUGAUGAAGAGGAGGAAGAUGAGGACGAGGACGAAGACGAACGAGAUGAGCUGUAA